GAAGCCCUACUUUGCGUAUAUACCACAGUCAAAACUGCUGCUCAUCAUUUUGCUUCAGGCUGCUCUCUGAGGAGCCAUGGAAGACAUUAGCAAAGUUUGCGUCCUUUUUUGCCCCUUUUUUCAAGCCCGUGGAUCCCACAGGUCGUUUUUUUGCGUGUUCCUGCUCGCCGUGGUCCUGUCUUCUUGUACAGGAAAAAUGUCAGUGGAUACUGCACAAAAGAUUGUGGCCUCUGUAGGUGAAACUGUCCUUCUGCCCUGCAACACCACCAUCAAAGGUGAUGUGCCAACAGUGGAGUGGACUAAAGAGGGUCUGUUUCCAAGCAUUGUCUUCCUGUACCGGGAUGGAUGUGAGACCUUCGAGAUGAAGAAUCGGGUCUUUCAGUACAGAACAAACCUCAUCAGGCACGAACUUCACCAUGGAAACCUCUCACUGGUGAUUUCCAACGUGCAACCAAACGACGGCGGAAAAUACCAGUGUGUGAUUCGGAGGAACAAGAAAAAGCAAGUCAUCUUAAGACUGGAGCUGUUUGUAGGUGCUGUUUCUGAGCCGAGACUCUCGGUUGUUCCAGGUGUGGGAGGUGGACUGACUCUGCGGUGUGAGGCCAGGUGCUGGUUCCCUGAGCCUCUGAUUACUCUGUUUGACAAUCAGGGAAAUGAGCUCAGUGCUGAAGACCCAAGGAGAAAUGAAGACUCCUCAGGGUGUUUCACAGUCACAAGAAGAGUGAUUCUGCAGACUGCUAUCAACAGGGUCACCUGCAGAGUCCACCAGCCUGAGAUAAAACAGACCAGGCACUCUGAGAUUUACAUACCAGGUGAGUGCCUGGGAAGCAGCACCAAAACGAUUAUAAUCACUGUCUCAGUGAUGAUUGUUUUAGUCGCAGUCAUUGCCUGUUUAGUUAAGAAAUGUGAAUGCUCUGUGGGAAGACAAAAGUCGAGCCUUGAGAAAAAACAGAUCGUCCGAUUAACUACUGAGCCAAAUGACCUCUAUUCUGUGUUGAUUCAAGUCCAACAGUCCAGCCAGUCUACAAAUGACUCCAGAUCCUCACAAGGCACCACAAAACCUGUCAUCCUACCCCCACCAGAGUCUCCCCACACCAUCAGCAUUCCCAAACCAGAGGCCUCAGCCAAUAGAAACCAUCCAAACUCUAACAGCUUAGCACAGAUCAAGGAUUCAAGCCCUGCCGUUUCAGGACUAAAUCCAGCACCAGGCUGCCAGCUAGCACUGAGCACUCAACAAAUAAUGGUUUCAUCAGAUAAUGGUGCUGUGUUGUCCAGUCCUCCUGCAGAUUCAAAAGAAAUACAUCUUGCCCGUUCGAAGAGUCUGCUCAUGUCCAGGUCUCGUACAGGUGGUGCACAUGCCCUUCAGCGCAGCAAGACCGUCACAUACAGGUCUAAAAUGCCUUACAAAUUCCUGAAAAAUGAAACUUGAAGAUUGAUCGAGAUACCUAUCUAGAUUAAAAGAGGAACCACAACUGAAACAAAACAUUUUAGGUCAAUGACUAAAUCA